CGGGCCCGGCCCCGCCGCGGCGGAACCAGCUGACGGGCCGGGCCCGCCCCCCCAGCCAGCGCCAUGCCGGCCCUCCGCCGCCUCCUGCUGCUGCUCGCCGCGCUCUGCCCGCCCGUCCCGGCCCGCGAAGCGCGGCGCGAUGCCCCCGGCAAGAUCGCCGUGAUCGGCGGCGGGAUCGGCGGAGCGGCCGCCGCUUAUUUCUUGCGGCAGAAGUUCGGGAGGAGCGUCCGGCUGGAGGUGCUGGAGAAGGCAGCGCUGGGGGGGCGGCUGGCGACGCUGCAGCUGGAGGGGGCCGCGUACGAGGCGGGGGGGUCCGUCAUCCACCCCCUCAACCUGCACAUGAAACACUUCGUCAAGGAGCUGGGUCUCUCGGCCGCCACGCUGCACGACAGCCUGGCGGGUAUUUAUAACGGGGAAGAGUUUGUGUUCGAGGAGAGCGGCUGGUACAUCGUCAACCUUCUGAAGCUCCUCUGGCACUACGGGCUCAACCCCCUGCGCUUGUCCAUGUGGGUGGAGGACAUCCUGGACAAGUUCAUGAGGAUCUAUCGCUACCAGACGCACGACUACGCCUUCAGCAGCAACGAGCGCCUGCUCCACGCCCUUGGAGGGAACGAUUUCACCCGCCUGCUGAACCAAACCAUUGAUGAAGCCUUGCAGAAAGCCGGCUUCUCCCACAAAUUCAUCAACGAGGUGGUUUGUCCGGCCAUGAGAGUCAAUUACGGGCAAGGUGUCACCGUCAACGCUUUCGUAGGUGCUGUUUCUCUGGCCGGCGUCGAAUCGGGCCUUUGGUCAGUCAAAGGGGGGAACAAACUUGUCUGCAGCGGCCUUAUCUACGCGUCCAAAGCCGAAGUUAUCCCUGGCACGGUUUUGUCCAUAGAGCCCAAAGUCAGACCCAGUCGCAGCGGGGACCCGGUGAAGCUCUACCACGUGAUGUACAACACCACGUCGGGGCUGACAGGGGACACGUACGACAUCGUCGUCAUCGCGGCUCCGCUGGGCCGCAAAUCGGCCAACAUCACCUUCAAAAACUUCGACCCUCCCGUCCCUGACUUCCUGAAUCCUUACCACCAGACCAUCGCCACCUUAGUGCAUGGACGCUUAAACGCCUCUUUCUUUGGUUACCGUGACUCAUCCGCCUUUGAUUUUGGUGCCAUUUUCACCACGGAAAACCCCAAAUUGUUCUUUAACAGCGUCGGGGUGGUGUCGCCGGUGGGAGACGUAAGCGGCGAAGGAAAAGCGCCCUUGGAAUUGGCCAUUUGGAAGGUGUUUUCCAAAGAGGAGCUCACCAAAGCGCAGCUCAACUUGCUUUUCUCCUCCUACGACUCCGUCAAAGUCAAGAAAUGGUUGGCGUACCCCGAGUACGUUCCCCCGGAAAAGUGUCCCCCCAUUAUUCUUCACGAUGCCGUCUACUAUUUGAACGGCAUCGAGCGGGCGGCCAGCGCCAUGGAGAUGAGCGCCAUCGCCGCCAAAAACGCUGCCCUGCUCGCCUUCCACCGCUGGUACGGCAACGCCGACCACGUCGACCAGGAGGAUCUGCAUGAAAAGCUGAAAACGGAGCUUUGAGCCUCAAAAGGGACGUUUGCGCUACGACCUGCGGAUGGCAUCCCGGAGAUUUUUAGCCAUAAUUAACACUAAUGAGCAAGGAACACCUUGAUUAGCCCCUCAGAGGAGACACGCGGACAGUGGUGGAAGAGUUUGAGUGAGCUCCUCGGUGCGUCCCUACACGAGACUGUCUACAAAACCCUAAAGAAGUUGUUUAAAACAGCAUUUUGACCCCAAAAGCGCCCUUCACGGGGCUGCCAAACUCAGGAUCUGCGUCACUGUGAUUAACCCUGUGUGUGGUUUUUCCUCUCUGAACGUUUCAGAUGGGGGAAGAAAACGCAAAACCAAACAAGUUCUCGACUGUACAUCUCUCCCUCGACUAUUUUGGAAUCGUGUAUCGAAUAUUUCUUGCUUGGGGUGGGAUUAGUGUGGUGGAAAUUGGGGCUGGAUUCCUAAAUUUGCUUCCAGAACAAGAACUGAAGCUUAUGGGUGGGGGGACUGGGCUGCUGGGGGUGCAGAAAUUGCUGAAAUGGGGGGGGUUAUUAAGGAAAACCAGAGAUUAUCCUUUGCUUUGUCGAGGUUUUAAGGUAUUAAUAAUUUAGAUAACAGGGCACAAGAGGUUAAAGAAACUUCUACUGAAAAUACUGUGUCCCUUGGCUGCAUCUCGCAUCACUACAAUACCUCAAACUGUGUGGGAAUAUAAAGUUUAGAGUUAAAUAAUAAAAUUAAUGCACUGA